AGGCAGGCAGGCAGAGAGGAGGGGUGCCCGUGCACAGGGUGAGUGAGGGUGCCUCCGCUGCUGGGUGUUGCACUAUCUCUCUGCUCCAUCACCAGCAGCAGCAUCACUCCCUGGUUGUGGUUGCUAAGGAAACGGCCGCAUGGCAACCGGCUGAGAGCCUGGGGGCCGUGUGUGCUGCCGCAGCUGCCUUGCCUUGCUCAUUCUCCAGCAAGCAGCAGCAGCUCGUCCUGCACUACUCCUCCUCCUCCUCCCGUCCUUCCUCCUCCUGCUCUGCCAGGGAUCCCAGGCUGACAGGGGCAGCCCCAGCAGUGAUGGACAUGAUGAUGUUGGUGCAGGGUGCUGCUUGCUGCUCAAACCAGUGGCUGGCCGCUGUCAUCCUCAGUGUGUGCUGUCUGCUGCCCUCCUGCCUGCCCGCCGGACAGGGCAUGGACUACUCCUGGCCCGCAGUGGACAACCUGGUCGUCAGGCAAGGAGAGACAGCCAUGCUUAGGUGUUUAUUGGAGGAUGGAGCAUCUAAAGGAGCCUGGUUGAACCGUUCCAGUAUUAUAUUUGCGGGGAACGACAAGUGGUCAGUGGACCCCAGAGUUUCAAUUUCGGCAUCGAGCAAAAAGGAUUACAAUCUGCGGAUACAAAAAGUGGAAAUUUCAGACGAUGGACCGUAUACGUGCUCAGUACAGACUGAACACAAUCCGAGGACAAUGCAGGUUCAUCUUACCGUUCAAGUUUCUCCAAAGAUCUUUGACAUCACCCCCAACAUGAUUGUCAACGAAGGAACAAAUGUAUCACUUACAUGUUUGGCUGCUGGAAAACCAGAACCAUCAAUAUCAUGGAGACAUAUCUCCCCAUCAGGUAGGGCUAAGCCAUUUGGAAGCGGGCAAUAUUUGGACAUAUAUGGGAUUACAAGAGACCAGGCUGGAGAUUACGAGUGUUUGGCCGAGAACGCCGUGCCCUAUUCUGACGUGAAGAAAGUGAAUGUCAUCGUAAACUUCGCACCCACGAUCCUGGAAAUCACGCCGUCGGGGGUUUCCUUGGGAAAAACCGGAUUAAUCAGAUGCGAAACAGCAGCCGUCCCAUCGCCAACAUUCGAGUGGUACAAGGGCGACAGAAAACUGACAAAUGGGCAGAAAGGCAUCCUCAUAAAGAACUACAGCACCAGAUCGAUCCUUCACGUCUCCAACGUAACAGAAGAACAUUUUGGCAACUAUACUUGUGUAGCGGUAAACAAGCUGGGUACCAGCAAUGCCAGCCUGCCACUGAACCAAAUAAUUGAGCCUUCCACCACUAGUCCUGUCACCAGCUCAGCUCCCAGCACAGCCCAAUACGGCAUCACAGGACGAGCAGAAAUCCUCUUUUCUUGUUGGUACCUCGUGUUGACGCUUUCUUCUUUCACGAGCAUAAUCUACCUGAAAAACGUCAUUAUACAAUAAACGCACAGAACCAUACAAAAGGCUUUAAAGAUGUCUGUGAAGGUGCUUAUAUUGACCGGAUGCGAUCUGGUGCGUUCUGUUUGAAGCGGCGCUGGAUGUGAGCAGCCGCGAAUACAUGUGGGGGAUGGCCGGCUUCUUUAGAAUUGUUCAUUUUUGUAAAUACUUUAAUUCUUUCUUUUUUUUCUGAUUUAGCUGCAUUCCCUUGUGACGCAGUACACAUCGUUCCCCUUUUUUUAAGAAAAACAAAAAUGAAAAAGUCUAACUUGUAACAGCUCUGAAAUUACUUUUAGAGGCAAUUAGUUGUGACUUCGCGUUUGUAAUUUACAACUUUUUGGAAAAAAAAAUUGUUUGAUGGCGUUAGGUGUGGGCUGCGGUUUACAAACAUAGAAAGAAAGAAAAAAGAAACCCCUAAAACUUAAAAACAGGACCAGAGGAUCAUUGCACAGCAAAAUAAUACGAUUUAACAUCCUGAGGCUUGCAGUCUCUUGCCUUUUUUUUGCAAAAUAACAUCUUGAACUCAUGCAUAUGAAACAGUUUCCAGUUUAAUGACAGAAUAUUGCCUUCAAAAAGAUUACAAGCGUUUCAUUUAGCUAGAUCAACUGCAAGUUUAAUACGCGGGUAUCCGCGAUCAGUAUUAUAAGAAAAAAAAAUUUAAAGAACAAAAA